GUUGCAUCAACUGUUACCGUUGUUGCCCCAAGGAUAAGGCUAUCAAGCGUUUCACUAUUCGUAACAUGGUUGAAGCUGCUGCUGUCCGCGAUCUUCAAGAAGCCUCAGUCUACGAGGAAUACACCAUUCCCAAGUUGUACGUUAAGCUUCACUACUGUGUCUCUUGCGCCAUUCACGCCAGAGUUGUUCGUGUUCGUUCUGCUGUCGAUCGUCGCAACCGUCUUCCCCCUCCCAGAUUCAGAUUCCAAAAGUCUGCUAACAAGGCUUAAAUGAUGUACUUGUAGCUUUUUUUCUAUAUAUACAUAUAUCUAUUUUUAAGGAAUAAACAUAUGUAUAGGCAUCAUAUUAGUUUCUCACUGGA